AUGUCUCCAGCCAUGAGAUUGAAGUCAAGAGACAAGUUCUCUGGGAAGGUGGCAGCCAGAGAUCACCGUUUGGAGCAAAAGGCCCAUACUAAGCUCUCAAUGGCACCAGUCAAUGCCAGGAGUAUGGAGGCGGCCACCUUGUCAUCUCCCCCUUCCCCAGCUCCCGAAAGCUACUGCCUGGCUCAGGCUGCAGGUGAGCAGUCAGGCAGCUCCAGUGGUGCUAUCACAGAGUACGAUUCCCUCUCCACCAAUGGCAGCUGCUCUGGUGAGUCGGAGGAUCUGAAGGAGCGACCGGCCGCAGUGGGACCCUCUGCUGGCUCUGAUAUCGAGAAAAGAGAUAAGAUCCGGCAGAAGAACGAGCGAAAGCACCAGCGCCAGCGAGAACGGCGGGCCCAGGAGCUCCAUGAGCGUGCCCAGCGCUCCCUUAUGGCCUGGAAGCUGGAGACCCUGUCUCAGAAGUUGGUCGCCAUGGGCUUCCCCCUUGGGCGGGUCACCACUGCCCUCCUCCUGAACAAAGGCCGUGUUGAGGAGUCCGCAGUGUGGCUGCUCGAUGGUGGGGAGGAGGCGGAGCUGCUGAGGGGCGCUGCCAGCCUCUCUGACCUUGGAGACGAGCUGAAUAUUGACAUCAGUGAGGAGCUGACAAAGAUUGCCAAUUUGGAGGCGAGUCUUCAGUGCUCAAAGCAAGAGGUUGAGAGGGCCAUUGUUGCUAGCGAUGGCAACUUGGAGAGGGCAGCAGAGACCUUGAAGACUCUGAAACCGGUGUCUCCUUUGGCACCAUCCAAGGAUGAGGUGUCCUCUGAGCCUCCUGCAGCAAGUAGGAUGAACAAGGUUGCAGUAACCAUGCCUGUUCAGAAUUUGCGGUUGAUGAGAACCCAGGUGAAGGUGGCCACCAGUUCUUCUGCCCCGCUGCUGCAGAAGAGGGACGAAAUGGGCUACAAUUACACAAAGGGGGCUGCUGCUGUUGUGGCAUCUCUGUCAUCAGUUCCCAGUAUCAGGAGCUCGCAGUCAGCACAGCAGUCACCGCUGCCGAAGGCAGCAGAAUGGGCGAAGCCGCCAGAUGUGGUGGUGGGGGUAGUGGACAAGAUGUGGCCAGGUGUGUCAGCCACUGGUGCACAACCCCCUGUGUCAGCAUUGCCAUCGUCACCAGUGGUGGCCCCACCUGCGAAGUCUGAAGCUCGGCAUGUAGCUGCCUGGUCUGAACCCAAGACAGUUGCCCAGGUAGGUGGUGCUCUGAGAGAACCUGUGAUCGUCAUGCAGCGACCGCAGCAGCCUGCUGCAGCAAAGAACAGCUCCAAUUCUUCCCGUGCCGUCCUCAAUGCCCCACCGCCAGUCACCUCUGGGCAGUACCCAGUGGAGAUAGAUGUGGCAGAGACGUCGAAGCCGGUGGAAGCAGCAGCAGCAGCAGCAGCAGCACUAGGACUCGGCCACCUGGGCCGCCAUCAGAACCAGAACCAGUUCCGGCCCUUUGUUUUGGGCUCUGUAGGUGCCACUGCAGCGGCCUCUUCACUCACAUUGCCGCCAUCUCUUGGGUUCUUCACUGGCUGGGGAUCUGCAACACCGCCAAUGGCUCAUUCCCCAUUCUCCAUGGAUUGGACCUCCAUGGACAGCUCAAUGGUGCAGUGCGACUAUGCCACCAUUGACUGGAGCUUGGACUCCACGCCAUGUGAUCUCGGAGGAGCCUUCAGGAAGAGUCAGUGGCUGUACGACGAUGCAUGGCCCUUGACGGUCCUGGAGAAGGAACUGGGGAUGAGUGGCGGCAGGAUCCAUCACAAGGCGGGGCUGCAGGUUGGCGGCCUGGCGGUGAGUCCGCCGCCGCUGUCGCCGUCACCUGCUGCAGUAGCCCAUGAAUGGACAUCCCCAUUUGCCGGGAAGGACCUGUUCUGUCUUUCCAGGCAGUUUGGGGCAUCGCCUUCGCUGUAA